AUGAAUAAUUUUCAAAAUUUCAGAUUUUCUGGUGUUUGGCCAGCUAAAAAUACCGCGCCAAUAAUACUCAAAAUACUAAAUCCCAUUUUUCGAGUGGGAAAUUUCACGUUAUUUUCGUUGCUAUUUAUAAGCGUGAUAGGAGACAUUGUUGAAAAUUACAAUGAUUUGACGAUUGUUACUAAUGAUAUGUGUUUCAUAUUUGGUACCGGUAUGUCGUUUUCAAAAUCUUGCUGUUAUUUUGUUCAGUAUGAUCAAAUAAUGAAUCUCAUUAAUGAGAUUUAUUCUCUACUUGAUGUGAUACAACAAUCAAAUGAUGCAGGGGUUCAAGAAUUACUAACUUCUACAGCCCGACAAGAAAAUACAACUCUAAAAUAUUUUUUUUCGGUUCUAUCACUGCUGGCUCUAUCAAGAAUCAUGGCCGGUCGUAAAACAGAAACCGGAUUACCUCUACGAGCAGCGUAUCCCUUUGACACUACCGAAUCCCCGAUUCACCAAAUCAUGUACUUCUAUCACUCAUACUGCAUAGAAUGCAGCGUGAUGACAAUAUUGGGAAUUGAUAUUUUGGGAGUUUCUUUUGUAAGAUGGUCAACAGUUCUGCUGAAAGUGUUAUCAUCAAACUACCAAAAAUGUGACAGCACUUUGUAUCGGAAGUCUUUAUUAACCAAUACAAAGUCUUUCAAUAAUCUAGGUGUGUCCAGUACAGAUGAACAUACGGGUACAAAAAUCAAAACUUUUAUAUCAUUUGAAGCAGAACGUACUAACAAAAAUGAUAACACUCUUGAUUGCUUUACCGAGAGGUUCAAAUUAUGCAUAAAGCAGCAUCAAAAACUCAUAGAAAUUACCAAUAACCUUUGCAGCACACUCAGUUAUUGUAUGCUGAUCCAAGUUGUUUCAAGUACAAGUAUGAUUUGCAUGAAUGGGAUUCAACUGAUUUUGCACAUGAAUGAAGGCUCAUAUAUUGUCAAAUUCAUAGCUGGCUUGGUAGUAGCGUUCACACAAUUAUUUGUUUGGUGUUGGUUCGGUAACGAAUUGAUUUUCACGGCCGAUUCAUUAACAGAGAGCCUAUGGUUGUGCGGAUGGGAAAAUGCACUUUCUAGCAAUAUUAAAAAUUCUUUGACUAUUUCAAUGGCCCAAACAUUGCGACCGAUUGAACUUAAUGCUAUUGGUCUUUUCCAAUUCACUAUGCCAACAUUCCUGGAAGUAAAUAAAAAAAUUUAUU